CGACUGGCUUCUGAGAUGACUUCUAGAAUGUGGCCAUGUCUCAGAUCUUUCACCUCACUGAAGUAUCUCACCAUCACAGACUCAUCUCUCAGUUUCCCUCCAUCACCUCCUGAGCUACCAUCGGUCACAAAACUAUCAGCCGAGAGAGUGACGUCACAGUGCUAUGAAGGUCUAAUCUCAUCGCUCCCUGGUUUGGAAAGUAUUAAUAUCACGAUGAAUGAUGCGGAGGGAGACAUUGCUCGUUACACCGCUGUUCUUCGUCGGACAGCAGGGCAGAAACUCAAACACAUAUAUCUAUAUGGUCCGUCAUCACUUUCACCAGGAAGGAGCCGUGUAUCGAGAGAGACAAUGAGAGGACUGGGUCUGGUCAUCAAAGAACAUACACAGAACCUGCAGAAGCUCUAUCUGCGAAGGGUGAAGUGUACAGACGAAGAUGACUUAGUUUACCUAAUGGAGUGCUGCAGACGUGUAAAGACGAUGGAAAACGUUUGGCUCUUGUCCUGUGGGACGACACCGAGUGGCAGACUGCAUUCUCACCUCAAGCAACUUCACUUUGGAUCUUCCGACAGUCUCAAUGUGCAUGUUUACCAUGACGAUGGUGCCUAUGUUCGCUAUUUCAUCCCCCACACUGUCGAUUGA